CAAUUCUUCAGCGUCAAUGGCAGCCCGCCAUCGGUGCAACCUCCUUGAAUAGCAAAGAUUGCUGCGCUGGUCCAGACAUGUGUUCACCACCCAAUAUCGAUGGUUCUAUCUUGAUUCGUCUGUCGUUACGUACAUUCCCCAGUGUCUCGGGAAUAAUGUCUCGCACGUGUAUCGAUCCAGGGUUGAUCCCGUAAGAUACGACGAAGCGCUACCCUUGUGCAGUUUCAUCUCCUUCUGUUGGAUUUCGGGUGCCCCUCGGGAUCUAGUCAGCAUCGGAUCCGUCGUCUUUCCUGCACGCUUCGGUUUUCGGGGUAUAUCUUCGUGGUCCUACUUUUCUGUCACCUAUCACUCGGUGUGGGCAUCGACCAAAAAAACAACAACAGACUUGAAGAUGGUACUCAAAGGCAAUGCGCUGUACGUGAGAGCCCUCAUCGGAGGCAGCUUGGGCUUUGUGACGUUUGGUUGGGAUGCCGGAGUUUUAGGUGGUGUGUUGUUGACGAACGAGUUCCAGAGUGCUAUGGGCUUUCCAGACACGAAUACCAUUUCCAUGAUAACGUCCAUCUUUUUGCUGGCAUCAUGGCUUGGUUGUAUGAUAAUCUCCAUCUUCGGGAUGAAGUUGGGGAGAAGACAGUGGAUCAUCUACGGAUGUUUGGUCCAGGUCGUGGGCACAAUCAUUUCAGCUACCUCCUACAGCUCUGGUCAGAUGAUUGCAGGUAGAACUCUAAUUGGUGUUGGCAAUGGUUUCCUAACGUCGAUGAUUCCCAUCUACGUCGCCGAGAUGGCCGUCGCUGUCAACAAGCGCGGACAGGGUGUCAACAUGAUGAUUGCAGCUGCCAGUCUCGGCACAGCUCUCGCGUACUGGGUUGAUUUCGGCAUGGUCUUCGCAUCGUCUCAAGCUGUCUGGAGAUUCCCAGUCGCAUUCCAAGUAGUGUGGGCUUUUGCCACUGUUGCAGUCAUUUACCCAAUGCCUGACACUCCACGUUGGUUGUAUGCCAAGGAUCGCACCACUGAUGCCGACGUCGUUCUUGAGCGCCUAUAUGACAAGGCCAUUACCGAAGGCGUCGUCCAAGAAGCGAAACAGGACAUCCACGCCUCCCUCGAGCUGGAAAGGACCGAGUCCGAUUCUCUACGCAUCAAGGACUUCUUCUGGGACACUUCAGCUAUGCAAACUGCUCGCCGUAUCCGAACCGGCAUGAUCUUGAUCGGUGUCGCAUACCUGAUGGGUAUUGAUAUGAUCUUCUACUACACCUCGACCAUCUUCCAGGUGUACAUUGGACUCAGCCCAUUGACGGCCUCUGGACUUGCCGCUGCCGCAACCACCGUCUUAGCUACCACGAACUACAUCGGUUCAUACUACAUGGAGAAGCUAGGACGCAGGACCUGGCUCAUCGGCGGUGCCAUCGGCCAGUCAAUCUUCAUGCUCGUCUUCACAGUUCUACUCUCCCAGCCCUCCAGCAGCCAGGUCGGAGCUGCUGCAGCUGCCAUGCUGUUUGGCUGGAUUGCUGUGUUCGGUCCUACAUGGGGUCCCGUCACCUACGUGUAUUCUACCGAGAUUAUGCCGCUCAGAUACCGCCACAUCGGCUUCUCUCUGAGUGUAUCCUGCCAGUGGAUCGCCGCCUUCUUGACCGUGUACGCCGGUCCGAUUGCCAUCGCCGACACAAGUGUUGGGUGGAGGACCUGGAUCUGGUUUUUGGUUUUCAACGUCAUUGCCAUUCCAUAUGUUUAUUUCUGCUGCCCUGAGACCCGCGGUCACUCCCUCGAGCAGAUCGAUCUUCUUUUCAUUUCGGAUAGCCUCAAAGAUACCGACUUGGCUCAGACUCUUGCGCACAACCGCCCAGUCACGGGUGACCUCGAGACUACCACGAAGGCGGAAGACGCCAACAGUGUUCCAGGCACUGAGAAGGGUUCAAUCUAGAGUCGUUAUUAGGGUUGUUUGAAAAUUAGGGCGCUCAAAAGUGCCGCAUAACUUUAAUAAAUACCAAGCGUGCUAUCGUCCGAUAAUGCUAGGCGGCGACGUGAUCUAGACAGGGAGCUAGGUUGUCUGUAGGAUUGGAACUUGCAGUUGAAUCUGGUCAACGUAAUGUAACUUUUCUCCAACUUAUAGUUGAAGUUAGCUUUUAAUAAUAAACUUGUCUCUUUACUUUCAUG